AAACAUGAAGUCAAAGGCAAGCAAGUGUGAUCAUUGUUUACAUAAUUUCCCAGUGCACCCUUGCACAUGGACCCGCAGUUAUCUUUUUUUUCUUACACUCUCUCUUCCUCUGGAGAUUUAGCUUAGAAUUCCCGGUGCCACUUUGAGGAGGGGCGUGAGCAUUGAUGAUUAGACCAGAAAGCAGUGUCAGCAGUGAUUCCCACAGUUGUUAGCAGAUUGACUUGCAAAGAAUAAGAGGAAAAUAAUGAAGGCACUCGUUCAAAUUUUAAAAGAAUUAUGGAAGGACUGGCAGCUACGAGGGCUGGUUCUAUUUAGCCUCUUCUUUCAGACAAUACUCAUUGUCAUGGGCAAUCGCAGAAAGUAUAGUUUCCAGCUUUUGGUCAGAUUUGCUGUAUGGGUGGCUUACUUAGCUGCAGACACUGUGGCAACAAUGGCCCUUGGAAUUAUCUCAAAGGACCUGGGAGAUACUAGUGAUAAUGGUGAACAGGAUGCCAACAUUGAACUACAUGUUUUUUGGGUACCAUUUCUGUUGUUACAUUUGGGUGGCCCUGACACCAUCACUGCGUACUCCUUAGAAGACAAUGAGUUGUGGUUGAGGCAGCUGCUUGGGAUGGCUCUCCAAACAGGAGUCGCAUUCUACACCUUCCUCAUGGCAUGGAGAGGCUCUCACCUUUCAAUUCUGUCCACUUUAAUGGUCUUUGUAGGCCUCAGCAAGUAUGUAGAAAGGACCUGGGUCCUACGUUCCGCAAGCAGCGAACAGAUGAAAGGUUCCAUGCUUGCUCGUCGUGAUCUUCCAGGCCCCACUAACCCAAAUUUGCUUAAGGAGUACAAUGUGAAAAAAGAAGAGGGAUAUAUAUGUAAUACAAACAGAGUAAUUGAUAUUCAGCUGCCUAUGGAGGCCUUUGCCAUUGAAGACAAUUCCAUCUCCAAAACCAAUGAAUUGCUUAAAGCUUACGGACUACUUCAGAUAUUCAAGCGUAUUUUUGUGAAUCUCCUACUUAGUUCUCGGGAUCGAGACACCAGCCUAGCGGUGUUUCAGAAUCUGUCCUUCCAAAAGGCUUUUGAAGUAGUUGAAAUGGAGCUUGCAUUCAUGUUUGAUUUGCUCUACACAAAAGCGUCAGUGGUCUAUUCUCGAUGGGGCCUUAGCUUGCGUUGCAUCAAUUUAUCACUUACCUGCAUUGUAUUAGUCCUUUUCUCUUUGGCUGAUGAUAAGCACAAGUAUAAAAAGGCUGACCUUGUCAUAACCUUCCUAUUGCUGGUAGUGGCUAUUGUGCUUGACAUAUAUGCAGCACUGGUCAUUCUUUUCUCAGAUUGGACUGUUGUGUGGUUGAGCUUGCUUAAAAAGACGUCUGUCUUGAGAGCCAUUACUUCUGUCCGAUUAUUUAGCAAUCCUAGGUGGUCAAAUUCCAUGGCUCAAUACAAUCUGCUAAGCUUUGCGCUUAGAGAAAAACCAAUGAUUUACGAUCCAAUCCUAAGUCAAGUAAAACCCCACUUUCUCCAUAGAAUUCUGAAACUCUUCAAGUUCUUAGGCUUUGUGGAAAAGCAAGAAAAGGAGAGAUAUGUAACUAAGGAGGUGAUAUCCAACAGCUUAAAGGAAUGGAUAUUCAAGUAUCUCAAGGAGAGACUUAAAGCUAAAGCAACAGUCUAUGACACGCAGGAGGCAGGCAGACAAAUAUUUGCGGUGGAAAUUUAUGGUCACGGUGAGCUUAAAUGGAGUGUGGAGAAAGGAUUUGAUGAGAGAAUUCUGACAUGGCACAUUGCUACCGACAUCUGCUACUACUUCGAGGAAACUAUAGAGACCACUCAAUCGAAGCGUGAAAUCAGCAUUCUCAUGUCAAGGUAUAUGCUGCAUUUGCUUGUUAACUAUCCUUCCAUGUUACCAGCUGGGCUUGGUGAUAUUCUAAUUGAAGACACUUGCGCCGAAGUCAUUGAUUUUUGCAAUACACCAGAGCCACACAAAGACAAAACCGAUGUAUAUGAUAAGUUGGUUAAAGCUGCUGUGGGAUUAGAAUUGCUCGGAACGAGGUAUAGAGCAGGGAAAUCUAUGUUAUCUGAUGGAAGGGGGCUUGCUAGAAGUUUGAAUGAAAUAUCAAAUAAGGAAGAGAAAUGGAGCUUAAUUGCUGAUACUUGGGUGGAAAUGCUUGCUCAUGCUGCAAGUCAUUGCGAAGGAAGUCAGCACAGGCAACAUCUGAGGCGAGGAGGACAGCUUCUAACCCAUGUGUGGCUUCUGAUGGCACACUUGGGCUUAACUGAUCACUUCCAAAUACCACAACCGCGUGACAUUACCUGGCUGACUGCCAAAUAGCCUACCAAGUGACUCUGUACAGUAGUAUAGGGUAGUUAACAUUAAGGUUGCAGCUUGCUUCUUGUUGUAAUAAGUGUUUGAAGCUCUUUUUUCCUUUCUUCUUGGCAUUGGGGUGGCGCCUCAUAUCCCAAAGAAUGAAUUAAAUUUUCUCAUAAACAAAUAAUCUUUUCCUCUUA